AUGGCGGAUUACACUUACCAGGUUGAGGUCGUUGGGACAUGUGCCAAGUAUGCCCAACCACCGCUUACAGAAGGGAACGUUGCUGUUUGUUCCAAGCGACUGUUGACAAAGGGUUCGCAGAAGGCAGGUCAUGGUGAAAGGGAGAAGGCCUUCGCUGUGGAGUUAUUUAUUAGAAAAUGCCAACUAGAUCAGUUACAGACUAUUGGACAGCGGCGUCAACACCGAGAUUUUGCGUCUCUCAGUGGUAUGAAAGUGGAAGCUCGUUGUGUGGAUGUGUUCUGUCGAAAAGACAGGGCUGGGUUGCAGACCAGCCGAAUGUUUGAAGAAAAGUUGAUGAACGCCAACAUGGCUCGCCUGAAGUCCUCCCGGCAGAAAACUGUUCACAGCCCGUCUCUGUUCAAUUCGAUUAUUGUCACCGCUCCAGCAUCCAGCAUACUACCUUACCAUCCACAGUCCAAUGAUCAGACCGAACGUUUUGUCGAUACGUUCAGACGGGUAUUCUUCAAGCGGCGAGAUCCGAAAUAUUUCUUAAUUUUUGUCAACUUUUGUUUUGAACUUCAAGAUGGCCAUGAGAUCAAGGACAAUCCGGACUACACGCCAGUAAUCGGAUUUCUAACGAAUUUCGACGGAUCAAAACGCGGCGGAACUCAAAUACACCGUGCGCAUAUAUUCGAAAACGGAGGCCGCUCGGUGAUUUGA